UGACAAUCUAUUUUGAAGUUUAGGAGUUGGAUGCUUCAUAAUCGACGCCGGGAUAAAAGGCGACUGGGCGAGUUAUUUAUUCAUUUGUAGUUAAAUUAUAUCGGGGACACAUUACAUGGUUGAAGUGGCUGCAGUGAAAUUCUAUAAACAUGCCGAAAUACUAUUGUGAUUAUUGCGACACGUACCUAACCCACGAUUCACCUAGCGUUCGCAAGACGCAUUGCACGGGACGCAAACAUCGCGACAAUGUCAAGUUCUAUUACCAAAAGUGGAUGGAGGAGCAAGCUCAACACUUGAUCGAUGCUACAACCGCAGCAUUUAAAGCCGGAAAGAUCAGCCAAAAUCCAUUUGCGGUGGCACCUCCGAAGCCUGGCGGCGCAGCGAUCCCACCACCGAACACGCUUGGUCCACCGCCACGUCCUGGAAUGAUGCCACCCGGGAUGCCGCCUAUGAUGAUGGGACCGCACGGACCUAUUCCGCCUCCAAUGAUGGGAAUGCGGCCGCCACCGAUGAUGGGACACAUGGGACCAAUGAUGGGCCCACCUCCACCUAUGGGCGCUAUACCUGGUAUGCGACCGCCUGUUGUGACCGGACCUCCGCCAAAUGUGAAUCAAUCGUAGUUUUAAGUUGUAGAUUAGACCCUGCUCCAAUGUGUAUUACUUGGUGGAAUACAAUUUUUGGAAGCCACAA